UCAGUUUUCCAAUCAGAUCGGUUUUCCAAUCUAGUAUUGGUUUUAUUAUGUGACGUAUAAGGAUAUCAGAAUGUAUAGCGUUUUCGUUACCGUGGCAACGGAUUCCCUUACAGUCUAAGUUAAACCACGAUUUUCCAGGAGUGCACUGUGGGCCUGAUGUGUUCAGCAAUUCACCAUUUCAAGCCAGAGUGAGAAAAUGGCCAUUGUGGGUAGUUUGAUUUUCCUCUCGCUUGAGAUGUUUCUUGAGACUUCAGCAUCUUACAGUGUUAGUGGUCUUUGCCGAGUGGUGUCGUACCAGCCGGUAGAGCACCACGCCCUCGUAGGCCAAUCCUUCAUGGAUAUCUCGGGCAUCUCAGCAAUUCGUUGUUCGGCUCGGUGUCUAAGCCAUCAUGGAUGUUUCUCAUUCAACUACGAUCACAUCAACAAAGUAUGUCAGAUGAACAACGCCAGUGCUGAGCACGUCAGUGAGAGUUUUCAAGGAAUGCGGUAUUUCUCGUACUACGACGCAACUGCAAAACCAAUGACCUGUCAGAAUACUUCAUCUCUGUCAUGCAACGGAAAGUGCGCCCCCAUUAAGGGCUGCGGGUUUUUUGAAAAACUCGGUCUUGAAGAUGGUUCGAUCCCCGAUGAGAGCCUCUCCGCAUCAAGUAACUGGGAACACCAAGGAGGUUAUAUAGCUGUGAGCACGCCGGGUGGUGGCCGUCUCAACAAGAUACCGCCUGAUGACUCUAACGCCAUAGGAGCAUGGCAACCCAGUGUAGCGGAUACCAACCAGUGGAUACAGGUGGAUUUAGGCAACCCAAUCUACGUCACUGGGGUACUCACACAGGGGCGUUGGCAACAUGUGCAAUGGGUGACCAAGUACAAAGUGCAGUUCGAACCGCCCUCACCGGCACAUCUUGUCGACGUGAAAGACCAACUUGAUCAAACUCAGAUAUUCAAUGGCAACACUGAUAACAACGGCAUCGAGGAGAGGCACUUCUUCGAGCCCGUCUUGGCCGUCAAGAUUCGCAUCGUGCCCGUUCAGUGGAAUGACUUCAUCGCGUUGCGUUUUGAGCUGCUUGGCUGUAAAUAAGUUAUAUGCAGUGGAGGAACUUGAUAGCGAUAUUGAAUGUAAUACCAUUCAGUGACGUUCUUGAUUGGCCUCAUUACCUUUAACAUCGUGAACUCUUUGGCAUGAUAUUGUUAACAUUUAGUUUUAAGUUUUACACAUUAAUUUCGCUGUUCCAACAAAUUUGAAACCCAGUUUAUGAACGGCAUUUAUGUGUCUUUAAAGCUUGUACAGAUGUAAGUAUAUAUAAUAGUUUGUUUUACUUAGUGAUUUAAUGUGCACGCUUUUACCAGGUUUUAUUUUGACGCCCGGCAAUUAAUUAACCACUCAAAAUUCUCUUUUCUCAACUUUUCAGAUAGUAUUCAAAUUUCCUAUUUUAAUUGGUUUUGUAUUAUUAGUGAGCUUUUAUUUAAACUAUUCAUUAUCAAUUCUCUCCUUUUUUAGAAGAACCAUUUCGUAUUUGUUAUUAUUUUAAUUUAUUAUUUUAUUGUUUA